AUAAGUAAGAAGUAAGGUUAAACAACAGCCGCGGUAAAUGUUAAUUGAUCUCCAUACAUCAAUUCCAUUGCACUCAAGGCCAAGCUCCUCGUUCACACAACCCAGCCAAAUACACUGAAUUGAGCUGCCAUCGCAGAGCAAGCCAAGAUGUUGUCGAACCGAUUCGAGAUUGCGGCCAUCUCCCUAGCUCUUACCUCGGUUGCGCAUACGGCGAUAGGGCCGAAAUGGAUGGCAAACCCCAAGUUUAAAAGUCUGCCAACAGUCGCAAGAGCAUACUCGGUUUCGGGGUGGUAUCAAGGGAGCUUAUUCUUUUUGCUAUCUUCCCUGAUCAACUAUCGCUGGUCGCGGAUGAACCUCACUAAUGGCUUGACGGACCCAGUUGACAAGGGGAUUGCAGGAAUUCUGAUCUUUUUACUCUGGGGUAGCAGUGUUUGGUACUACCGUCACGGAGUCAAGGAUACCAGUUUUGCAGUCGCUGCGGGUGGCGCUGUACAAGCAUGGGCUGCCUUUUUCUAGGUUUUAUUGUUACAAAUAAAAAG